GUGGGCACACAGCAGAAAUCCUGAGGUUACUUAGCUGUUUGUCAGAAUCGUACUCUCCUAGGCAUUACAUUUUUGCAGACUCAGAUAAGAUGAGUGAAGCUAAGAUACGCUCUUUUGAACAAAAAAGGGCUGAAACAUUCCCCGAUUCCCAGUUCACCCUUGAUCGCAUUCCCAGAAGCCGCGAGGUUAGACAAUCUUGGACCUCCUCUGUGGUAACAACCCUGUACUCCAUACUUUACUCCAUUCCUUUGACCUACAGACUGAAACCAGAUUUGAUAUUGUGCAACGGACCAGGAACAUGUGUUCCUGUCUGUAUAUCUGCUCUUCUUCUUGGGCUUCUGGGAAUGAAGAGAACAAUCAUUGUGUAUGUGGAGAGCAUCUGCCGCGUAGAAACUUUAUCCCUGUCUGGAAAGAUUCUUUACUACUUUUCAGAUUAUUUCAUUGUUCAGUGGCCUGAUCUAAAGGAAAAAUAUCCCAAGUCAGUAUAUCUUGGUCGAAUAGUGUAACAACAGAAGACAAGCUUUACCUAAAAUAAACUCUGCAAGCUCCUCGCUGAAGAAAUGCGUUCAUGUAACAAUUUAUUUUUAAGGAUACUUGUUAAGAAAUUAGGCUGGUACUGGAAAAGAAGACCACAAUAAAGAUAUCUCUCCAUUUAAGUAUAUUUUUUUGUACUUGUAUUUAUUGUCAUCAUGUAGGUCUGUUCACCAAUACACCAUAAUAGCAUAAAGUCUAUGCCAUCUCUGUUUUCAUCUAGUUUUCCUGCCAUGUGAAUGCCAAUUUUUGUCUACAAAUAAAUAUGGGAAUUUGUAUGAAUGUAACAUUUCCUGUAAGGAAACUUUGUGUAGUUUUCUAAAUUGUAAGAAACAAA